GCCACAUUCAGCACCCACGAGGAAGCCGGGCGCACAUUGAUGAUAUCAUCACAGUACUGCUGACGCUGCUGUAGUAGAGCUUGUGGCUGACCUGAAGUGUUAUUAGUAUCUUAAACGUUUUUCCAAAAUGAGCACAAUGUUUGCAGAUACGAUCCUGAUUGUGUUUAUAUCUAUAUGCACAGCAUUAUUAGCGGAAGGAAUAACAUGGGUUCUGGUAUACCGCACAGACAAAUACAAAAGACUAAAGGCCGAGGUCGAAAAACAGAGUAAAAAACUGGAGAAAAAGAAAGAGACCAUUACAGAAUCAGCUGGGCGUCAACAGAAGAAAAAAAUAGAGAGACAAGAAGAGAAACUCAAGAACAAUAACAGAGACCUGUCAAUGGUCCGGAUGAAAUCGAUGUUUGCCAUUGGCUUUUGCUUCACUGCUUUGAUGGGCAUGUUCAAUUCCAUCUUUGAUGGUCGUGUUGUGGCCAAACUUCCGUUUGUCCCGUUGUCAUAUAUCCAAGGCCUCUCACACCGCAACCUUCUUGGUGAAGAUUACACUGACUGUUCCUUCAUCUUCCUCUACAUCCUGUGCACCAUGUCAAUUCGCCAGAAUAUCCAGAAGAUGUUGGGUCUCGCCCCCUCCCGUGCUGCCACCAAACAGGCCGGAGGGUUUUUAGGACCUCCUCCACAAGCUGCCAAGUUUUCAUGAACAUUUGUAGACCGUGAGAUACCUACAUAAAAAGAUCAGACACUCAGCUGUACAUUGUUUAAACAGCACUCAAUGUGAAAGAUUAAUAGUCAGGUUGUGCAGAUACCGACACCUUAUGGUGACCACAGAAGUCAUGUGCAUGGAGUCUUUCUUUUGUUUGUUUAUUGUUGUUUUUUUUAUCUGGUAAAUUUAUAAUUUGUGUAGUCACAUUUCUAACUAUUAUAAUUUUAUGAUUACCUACAAGCAAUAUUAAUUAAUAUAAC